AAAUAGACAGUCUGAUUUGUUAGUUUGAAAAUUAUUUUUCCUUUAUCUGUUGUAGCUUUCAGAGCCUGCAGGCCUUGCUCUCACUGAAGAUGGGAGGCUGUUCGUGGCGGAUACAAACAAUAGCCUAAUCAGAUACAUAUAUUUAAACAAAGGAGAAGAAGCAGAGAUUCUUACAAUGGAGUUAAAAGGUGUUCAACCGCCAAUGCCAAAAACAAAAUCCUUGAAACGUUUGAGAAAACGUGCCUCAGCUGAUACAAAGAUUGUCAAAGUAGAUUCUGUUACAUCUCGCGAAGGAGAUUUGAAUCUCAAAAUCUCAUUACCAGAUGGCUACCAUUUCUCCAAGGAAGCGCGGAGUAAGUUUGUGGUAGAUGUGGAGCCUGAAAAUGAAGUAGCAAUCGAUCCAAUGGAAGGAAACCUCAGUCCCGACGGUUCAACGAUGUUUCAUUUUAGACAAUCUUCAACUUCGGCUUCUGUUGUGAAAAUCAGUUGCAAGGUUUACUAUUGCAAAGAAGACGAGGUUUGCUUGUAUCAGUCCGUACAGUUUGAGGUCCCUUUCAAAGUGGAGUCAGAAUCAUCUUCUUCUCCGACGAUCACAUUUACCGUUAAACCGAGAGCAUCUUAUUCCGGUGGAUUACAGCUUCAAGGUACUCGCUGAACCAACCACAGGUAUAUAUGAAUAUGAUCCAUUUAUGUUAUCUGGAGGAUUUGAUCAAACAAACUUAGAAAGCUACAGAAAAACUGUAACUACUUGUAAUCUAUUUAAAUUUUGUAUGAUCUAUUCAUUGGUGUGCCUGUAAAGAUACCAAUAACAACAACGUUGAAUAUAAUGAGGAAAAACAAAAACAUCAGGGGAUUAUAUAACUUUGCUAUUUUCUC